UCAUCCGGCUCAUCCGCUUUCAUACCUUCCAUCGCUUUCAUACUUGUGAUCCGCUUUCAUACUGUUCAUUUGGCUCAUCCGCUUUCAUACCUUCCAUCGCUUUCAUACUUAUGAUCCGCUUUCGUACUGUUCAUUUGGCACAGCCGCUUUCAUACCUUCCAUCGCUUUCAUACUUGUGAUCCGGUUUUAUACUGUUCAUUUCGGUCAUCCGCUUUCAUACUUUUCGUAUGAAAGCGAUGAAGACGAUGAAAAGUAUGAAAGCGAUGAAAAGUAUGAAAGCGAUGAAAAGUAUGAAAGCGAUGAAAACGAUGAAAAGUAUCAGAACGAUGAAAAGUAUGAAAGCAAUGAAAACGAUGAAAAGUUGUUUAUUGUACCAUUUUAUGAGUCACCUAUUGUUGAACAAAAUUUAUUAUUGAAUAAAACACGAAAAGAUGAAACAGAAAUGAAAGAUAAUAUUGAACCAGAUAUACAAGGUGAACGAAAAUUUCCUGUACCAAUGAUUUAUGUUUGUGCAACAAUAUGGCAUGAAACAACAAGAAGGCUCUAUUCAUAUAUCAUUCUCUCUCUCUUAAUUGAUCCAUCAUUUGAUUCGUAA